AAUAUCAUCGCUUGACUUUUCAAUUUUAGAUCACUUAACUAACGCCUUCCUAGUGUUAAGGUUACAAAUGUUAUAAAAUAUUGUGUUAGAAAAUUUUGAUGAAAAUAGACAAUCUUGUCAUUUGCAGAAAGAUGGAAUCGCAUGACCAGGACGAAAAUUUUACAAACUUUAGUAUCGCUGAAAUUCUGAAACCGGAUUUUGGAAGUAAACAAUUGACCACCGGUGUUUUAAAUUUGUCGAAAGAAAAAAAAUCGUACGGACAGACAAACAGUUUACAACUUGCAGACUUGCACACAUGGACUGCACAGUCAUUGCACAAUCUAGGAUUACAAUUCAGUGCUUUUUCACCAAAAACUUGUCAAAAUUUUGUGCUAAACAAACACUGCACAGGGUUCCAAAAACAUGAACUUCACAGUCCUAAUAAUUUACGAAAUCAUAACACAAAUUACAGACUUAAUCUAGAAGUGAAAAACAAAACAGACAUUCUCAAUAAAAGUUCUGAUUCACGGCGGGAAUCCUGCGGAUCUGACGGUGAAAGUAUAAAGAGCAGCCCGGCUACCAGUCCAGCAGGCAGCCCGGGUUCGAGUCCCAACUCCGAGGCUGGGCAAAAACAACAGGAUGGAAAACUUUGGCCAGCAUGGGUAUACUGUACCAGAUAUUCCGACAGACCUUCAGCGGGUCCCCGGUCAAGAAAAAUUAAGAGAAAAGAGAAAACGGCUGACGAAAAAAGACCAAGAACAGCAUUUACAACCGAACAGCUCCGAAAACUUAAAGACGAAUUCGAGGCUAAUAAAUAUUUGUCAGAGAGCAGACGACAGCAAUUGGCGCGCGAACUGAACUUAAAUGAAUCGCAAAUAAAAAUAUGGUUCCAAAAUAAAAGAGCGAAAAUAAAGAAAUGUACGGGGGACCAGAAUGGACUGGCUAUGGAACUUAUCGCACAAGGACUUUAUAACCACAAGACAGUUCCAGUACCAGUCAAAAUAGAGUCAUGACGUUUUAGAUGACAUCAGAAACAGUGGUUACAAUGGUUACUGUACAUUUUAUUUCUGGUAUCCUCCGACACAUGAGAUUAUUAAAAUGUGAGAUUUGGCGGUUCAAAUAUUUGAUAAGAACUUGUACAAUUAAACGUACAAAAUCGUUCCAAGGAUGUUACUGUGUAGCCACAUACAUAGGAUACAGGCACAGAUGCAGCCGUUUCAAGUUACAUUCAUUUGCCCUGAAUUUUGCCUUGGAAAAGUGCAAUUCCAAGUGCGUACUGGUUUGACUGAAUAGUUUUGUAAAUAUUGAUACUUGUGACAACACUUAAUCAUUGAUAUUCAUGUGUAAAUACUCACGGACUAAGAAUUCCAAAAAAAAAAACCCAGUAAACUUGCAAAAUGUAUCUGUAAUUUAUUUAUAUUGUUUAUCAUCGAAGUUGAUGUUACAAAUCAGAGUUCUUUGAUCUCUAUAUUCAUUCAUCAGAAAGUUUAAAAAGAGAAAUAAAAUAUCCCCACGUACAGGUGCGUGUAAGUUUAUUGCAUAAUUCAUAAUUUCAUAAUGGUACACUUUUUAAACACCUUUUAAUUUGAAUUUAAGAUUUUUUGUUUGUUUUAUUUUAUUGAACUGCAAACAUUUUUUUCUGAUAGUUAUUUCAGAACUGUGAUGAUUUUUUUUUUAUCUUAAAGAAAAAAAAGAAAAAGCAAAGACAAAUAUUUUUGUAGAAUGUGACCUUUCUCAUAAAAAAGCUAGGACUUUUACAGUACAUGUAGUACAAAACUGAUACAAAACAUGUAUAUUUUUUUUUGUAAAAAUGCACCAAAUGUAAAAGUAUCAUGAGAUGCCAAAAACUGCUUGCGCAUGCGCUGUCUUAAUCUGUUGUAUUUUAUCUCGUGAUUUCUGGAAUCAGAUAUGAUCCAGUCCCCAUAAAUAAAAGUGCUAAAACCUGA